AAAAAAAAAAAAAAAAAAGUAGAGGUUGGCAACCGUUGCCAACCUUAAAAAAAAAAAACCCGGGUAUACGUUAUUACUCAUCUUGCUCAGAGUCUCAAUCCUCUCAUCCUCUCAACUGAACUCUCAAACUCUCCUCUCAUCCUCUCAACUGAACUCUCAAACUCUCAAUCUUGCUGACUUGCUGUCGCCGCCACUCGCCGGCCGUCAGGGUUGCUGUUUAGGGUUGCUGUCGCGGCCUCACGGGGUUGCUGUUUAGGGUUGUUGUUUAGGGUUGCAAGCACAACCACCAUUGCUAGCGCCAAUUCGAACCAUGCAAGCAUCAAUCGGCCACCGCUGCCCUCCGUCGGAAAUCGGCGUCAUUAGAACCAAGAACAACCACCAUCGCCGCCGCCGUCAAUUUGAACCAAAUACAACAACAACAACAAAAUUGAAUCAAUUAUCGAUUCAAAAAUCACAAAUACGAGGUUAGGGUUUCUGGGUUCUUUAGCUUUGCAUUUUGGUCCAAUUAUUCAUGUUAAAUGCCAUGAUUUUUUUGGAUUUAAUUUAUGUAUUAUUGUUCGAAAUUGCUGCUGGUCCUGGAGGUUUAUGCAGUUAGGUGUUGGCGUUGUGGGUUGCGGCAGGUUGUAGUGAAGGCUCAAUUAAAAUGAGCAAAAUCCCCUCUUGGCUUACCACAUUUGCACCAGCAGAUUCCCUCCUUCUGAAAGAGGAAGCCUGGAAUGCAUAUCCCAAAUGCAAAUCAGUGAUUAAGUGUUCAAGCUUGAGCAAGCUGCUUCUUACUAUUGAUACGAUUCACGUUGCAGAUAAUGGAAAAUCAGAAAAUGUACACGGUCUAAACAAAGAUCAGCUGGCAUCGAGGCAGGUGGAAGUUAUUGAUAUUGCAUCAUCUGUAAGGGACUAUUGGAGCUAUUUGGUUGGUAGCUGUAAUGUCGAUUUGUCCAAAUUCAAAUCAACAAGGACCAAUCGUGGACCUUUGGUGGAAGGCUGGAGAGUAAGCACUUAUUGGGCUUUGUUUGGUGUGUGUUUGCAUUGGUGAAGUCAGGUACUGGUCUGCUGUUUCAAUGGCUGGGGGCUGUGGUGCUGGUGGCCUGCUGGGUUCGUUUUGCUGCUACUGUCCCUGUUUUUUCUGCCUUGCUGUAGCUGUCCUAUUGGUUUUUGCUUCUAACGGCUGAGCCUGUGUUGUGGUGCUGCUGAUGGUGUCUGUUUACUGCUACUGGUUUCUGUUUGUUGUUGCUGCUACUGCAUAAACAAAGACGAAUAGGCAGAUUUUGUUGAGAAUUCUCCGUCCUUGGUAAUCUUCCAGUAAACAAAAUCAUCUUUAUAUCAUCGUUGUAUUAUAUGAGUUGAUGAAGACUUUGUAGUUUGUAAUGUAGUCAAUAAGUGCUAAUCUCGUUCUCAUAGUAUUGGGGUUGUUCUUAGGGUAAGCUAAGGUUGUACCAAUAUUUAACUAAACAUAAGGAUGGGAAAACUUGUUCUUACAAUCUAUUUGAAGAUUGAUUGAAGUGUCAAUGAUAAUGCAAAAUUGUAUGGCUAUAGCAUAAUAAUCA